AUUUCAACGAACUGCAUAUAUGUUGCCAGACAUUGGCUGAUAAUUAGGCAGCGUCGUCCUGAUUCGCAGAUCCAAUCUCAUCUUCCCCAAUCGCCUCUCUCAGUAUAAUCUCACAUUGCAACACCUGUAUCAAUUCACGCACACACACACAAACAACAAACACUCAGUAAUAAGAAAUGAUAGCAUCUGUUAUUAAGAAACCCAACUUAAAUACCUACGCUGUUGCUCUCUUACUUCUCCUCUCGCUCAUCUAUCUCCUCUCCCUGUCUUCCCCAUACUUCGAUUCUUCGUUUAAUUCGUUCAGGUUUAGUUCCACAAGCACCGGAAAUUCUAUAUGGAGUGUUAGAAGGUUUAUAGAAUGGAGACCUUGUGAUUGGUGGAUUCGAGGCCACUUGAAUGCUCUUCCAGAAGAGAGCAAUGGUUAUAUUCGAGUGGAUUGUUAUGGCGGACUUAAUCAAAUGAGGCGGGAUUUAUGCGAUGGUGUUGGGAUUGCUCGUUUGUUAAAUGCAACUCUUGUAUUGCCAAAAUUUGAAGUGGCAGCUUAUUGGAAUAAGAUGUUUAACCACUGAAGUAUAAAAUGGAUUCUAUAUCAGCAAAAAUUAAAUAUCAUAAUUCAUACCAACCAAAGUGACAUUGUUCAGUAGCAUUAAUAUGAUCCUAAAACAGAAACUCAGAUCGAACCACAUGAUAACAAAUUCAUGUACAACAUAAAUAAAUAUUUUGCACUACUAAAUAUAAAAGAAAACUAGUCAGCUUGCCAGGCCUUGUUUUGCUUUCUCUUGGCAGCCUCUAACUUCCUUAAAGAUGUGAAUUCCCGACCAUUUUUGUCGACAAAUUCUUCGUACUCCACUUUUACUGGUCCAGUCCUGGUGGGGGGCCUGAAUUGCUUGAUGAUUCCUCCAUGUGUGCGAGAAACAUUAUUUUCAGAUGGUUUUUGCAGCACGACAGGGCCUCACUUCAAAGAGCUUGAAUUUUUAGUGAUUUCAGCAGAACUUUUCACUCGUUUUGGAGUAGUUUGGCAAGUUUCUUGUUGCUUCUCAACUACAUCUUUCUGUUGCAGACCUUCUUUCAUCUAAGUUUGUAUAUCAUGUUUCUAAAAUCAAACCCAAAUUACAAUUAGACUAAACAAUAUUAUUAUGGUACUUUAAUACCUUAUAAUUGAAGCAGGAAUCCGCAUACCUUAGCUUUGCACGAUCUUGCAUUAUGACCAUCUUCCUUACAGUAGGAGCAUUUGUUAAACUUAACACUCUUUGGAAGCACAGAAUCCAGGAGAAUAGCAAUCCUAUCACAAAUCAAACUUUGAAUUUGAAGUAAAUCCGAAAAGCGAUCGGGUAGAGUCCGAAUGGGAGUUUAUAUAAGACACUCGAUCGAUCAAAAGAAAUUGUUUACACUGAAGUCUGAAACCUCAAAAUCCAAUGGGCGAACCCGAAUUAAAUUUCAACCUCCCGUCCGGUGAGAUGGAAAGGCGCGAGGAAGUCGCAGCUGAUGAGCUCAUACCACAAUCUACUGUCAUCAUCAGAACAUCUUGUUCCUCUCGAAGGAGUCUCAACAACGUUGAUGUGACCUGUUAAUUGUUUUUCUGCAAUGGAUUAACAUUCUGAAGGCAGCGAUUUAGACACCUUGUGGCAUAGAAAACUCGAGAAAAGCACAACAGCAAUUAGAUGAUUCAGGGAUAUGUACGAUAUAAAUAAGAUUGUGCGAGAUUAAUCUCUCUCCUUAUUAUGAAGACAUUUGGUUGGACUUCAAAUAUACGCAGAACUUGGCCAAAUGGUUUCUCACUUAUACGAUGGGCUCAUUACGAGAGAUUGAUGGGUGGACCGCGGGACCCUGAAGCUGCAGCUGAAAAACUAUGGAGGAAACGUGAAAAGCGGCUCAGACGAGCUCAGUUGGAGUCUGUCUAACAAGGAUGCUCCAACAAAAAAUUGCGAAGGAUUAGAAUAUCAGCACUGCACUUGUAUUGCCUUUCUGCAAUAUCUAGAAACUUCUUUUAUUUGGCAAUAGUGCAUUGGUUGCAAGCUCUGAACUUUCUCUACAGUAUUUGUUAAAGAAUUCAGGGGUGUUUUGACAAGGAUCAUGAAUUGCCUUUUGGCAGUUUGUUUUAGGGUUAUUUAAAUUGAUGUUAUGAUUGACUUUUAUUUUC